AGCGAAAUUUAUUCACCGCGGGGAUAUAUAAGGUUAGAAUGGAGGCUGGAAGAAGCAAUCAGUUCUUACUGAAAUCUCCGUGCUAGUCACAGCGAUCUCACGAGUAAUUUAAGAUAACUCAAAAUUUACGAUAAGUUCGAAAGUUUUUUUGGUAAUUUGGAUCAAACAUGGCCGUAAGGAAUCGUUCUUGUGAUAAGAAUUUGGCGAGCCAGAUCAUGCAGUCCAGAGUAUCCGGCUCUUCCAUGAGAGUAUUUCAGCUGCCUGAUGCGUUCGUCGAGGAGACAGAUCGUCGACUAAGACUGGAUGGCGUUCCCUCUUUGCUCAGGAAAAUCCAGAGACAGAUUCGUUCGGGAGAUCGAUUGAACGUUCCUCGCUGUACAAAAUUGCUCGAGGAAUUGUGUGAAUCGCUGAAUCAAGAAGGAAUCCCUCCAGGUCCGGAAUGCAAUUUUCCAAGCAUGAAGUUAGAAAACGAAAAAUUCAAGGCUGGGAAGAUUGUCAAUUUGUUUGGAGGAGUCGAGAUGCUCAUAAGUUUGUUAUUUCACCCUGCUAAUUCUUCUACAAAAUCCAGAGGCCGAACAGUUAAUGUGGCACCUGUUCAGGUUGACUUGCUCCGUGCGACUUGCUUAGAAAUUCUUCAUAAUCUGUGCCUUACUGUUGAUGGUAUCGCUGCUGCAUUGGCCAAGAAGAAUGAACUGAUCACCCAUUUAUUCACUUUUCUACAACAACAGAGGACUUUUAUGAAUGCUGCUUCUGUUCUUGAGGAUAUCUUAGCCGCAAAGAAGGAAUUAAUUGAUUUAGAAUCUAUAGGAAACCUGAAACAACUUAUUUCAACAUUAGAAUAUGGAAGACUCGCCAAUUUCUGCCGGGUGUUAUCAUUCACCUUGACAGAUAUGGAGGCAGUUGAAGACAGAAGCACAUUAUUAGCUCAAGAUGAACAAGAAAGGAAAGGACAGGACCAGAAAGAAUUAGCUGAUAGUAACCAAGAAAGCCUUAUCAGAAUCCCUGAAUUUCUUGCAAGACUAGUAAAGCUGGCGUGUAGAAGUUUAUCUGAUGCUCCUGUUUGGCCAUCAAUGUUCGGGAAUGGUCGUGAUGGUUUAAUGGAAUGGCUUGGAUUUCAUGCGUUUCUUGAGGAUAUGCUUGGUAAUGAAGAAAUUGAUGAGCAUGCAAUGCCUUCACUGUCUCGCUCUCUCAAAUUGAUGCAUGAGGUCAUGUACAAAGUUGAAGUAUUCUACGUCCUCUGCCUUUUCUUGACGGGAAAACACAAGCAGACAGUUCAGUCUAAACUCUCAGAGCUGCGACUGAUCCCUGGCAUGUGUGAGCUGUUCGACAACAUCAUAUGGCAACAUACAAAUGCAAACAGAGGUCUGAUGGAGAUUGAAGGAGAUCAUGAGUGCACUCCUGAAACAGCACUGAAAAUCCAGUUCCUAAGACUAGUCCACAGCUUCUGUGAUCGUCAUGAGAACAAGCACCUCCUCUUGUCCCCACGUGAAGUUGAUGAGCUGAUUGACAUCUACAGACAAAAUGACAGAGAAGUCCCUAGUAAUCUCUUAGCAAUCAACAAGAAGCGGUGCUGCACUGGUGAGAAAGGUCUGCUGUCUAAGAUCCUGGAGGUGCUUGUGAAGACCCCAGCGACGGCAGCGCUAAGGUUCUGGUUGUCACGAGCGAUUGAGGGGUUCUUACGUGGCCGGUCUUCCAUUGGUGAUCAGCUGUUCCUAAUUAAGAGAGGUCUACUAGAGCAUCUUGUUGAGCACAUUACUAGCCCUGAGCUCAAACCCAAAGAGAUCCUUCAGAGCAGCUUUGACCUGCUUGGGGAGCUGAUGAAGUUCAAUGAGGUCGCCUUCAAGAUCUUCAACUCUGUCGUGACUGACAAGCAGUUUGAAAAGUUCCUGUCAAUAUUGACGUCCAAUGUAGUGGAUUCCAACAUGCUGAUCAGAUGCCUGAUACUAAGCCAGGAACACUUCCUUGAAUCACCAUUUGGUGGUGUCCCUACUGAAGCUUGUAGACUGAGUGCACUCAUCAAUGACUGGGAACAGAGAAUGUACCUUCUGUACAAGCUGAUCAACUCCAUCACCGUCACAACUCUCACUCAGGAGAAUGUUAGCUGUCUCAACACGACACUCGUCUUCUUGAUGUUUGCAUACAAGCAAGGCCACCUACCCAUGUACCUGAGUGCCUUUGUCCGGGAGGAGAAAUUGCACAAGAACCCUGGCUUUAUCAUGAAGAACUUGAGGAGACUUCUUGAAUUCUGGAAGACACACUAUCUGAGACGGGGCAAGGAUUGUUCUGCCCUGGAACAGAGCUCUUGCAUCAGUUUUGACAGGUGGAAGAAGGUGGUCGAUGUCCUUCUUCAGGACGACAUGGCGUGCACAUCCUCAGUCAACCACUACCUGACCGCAUCCCUUCCAAGCACUCCACAGACUAGAGACUGCUAGUGACACACAUAGGUAUAAUAUAUAGCAAUCGUUCUUUAUAUAGCUAGGACUGAUGUGUAAAUACCCCGAGUAAAUUAUAUGGUGAAGCGUUAGUGCUUGAGGUUGGAUUUUAGCGCAUUAUGAUAAUGCAGCAUCACUUUUUACUCAUUUUGUUUACAGUCUUGAAAUAAAAACAUGGAAAUCCAAUGAAGAGAUUUUCUUGUCAUAAGUAAUUAGACUGUAAUAUGUAAAAAUUAUAAAUAGCAAGAGCUUAUAUAUUUUUAUCAUAAUUUAAAAUACAGUAUGCGUGAAAUGACGAGUAUUGUUAGUUUUUUUAUAUCAGUGAUUUGUAAAGUGAAAAAUUGUGACACCAUUACAUUCUUUUAUACGGUUUUUGAAGGUUUAUGCCUCGUGAUUGUGAUGUCAUUAACGUCAUCUGUUGUAAAUUCUAAGGUGUUGUAACAGUACGUUAAGCAAAUAACUACACGCGUUCAUACUGUACUAGAAAAUUCAAAUAAAACUUCUAAAGACGGUAAA